GCUGGGGGAGGGGGUGUCGGCGCACCGCCGAGUGCUGCGCUCUUUGAGAGCCUGGCACCCGGAGUAGCCGUCUCCCCCUCCCCCUGCUUACCUCUGGAAGCCCCUUCACCUUAUCUGGGUAGGGGCGAGCAGGGCUGAGCUGUCCCAGACAGGCGGGCGGAACCUGGAGUCCUUCUGAGUGCUGUGGAACGAACCUCACCUCCUUUCCUGGGUGCAAGUGUGAGCCACUGCCCCAUGUUGUGUUGAUGCUGGUCUGCCAUGCUAGCCUGUUUACCAGGGCCAGGUGACCUGUCCUUUCAGCUUCUUUCUCACACGCAGAUGAACACUGGACUUCAGAAAUGGGACACUACACAGAAAAUGAGAACUGCUCACUAUCCCACCCCAGCCGAAUUGGAUGCGUAUGCUAAGAAGGUCGCAAACAACCCACUGACUAUAAAAAUCUUCCCCAACAGUGUGAAGGUUCCCCAGCGGAAACACGUUCGUCGUACUGUGAACGGCCUCGACACAUCAGCUCAGCGCUACAGCCCCUACCCGACUCAGGCUGCCACCAAGGCAGGCCUGCUUGCCAUUGUCAAAGUGCCAGCCAAAAGCAUACUCAAGGACUUUGACGGCACCCGAGCCCGGUUACUCCCUGAGGCCAUCAUGAACCCCCCAGUGGCACCCUAUGCUACUGUGGCACCAAGCACUUUAGCCCAUCCCCAGGCCCAGGCUCUGGCCCGCCAGCAGGCCCUGCAGCAUGCACAGACCCUGGCCCAUGCCCCUCCCCAGACGCUGCAGCACCCUCAGGGUAUCCCGCCACCACAGGCGCUGUCUCACCCUCAGAGCCUCCAGCAGCCUCAGGGCCUGGGCCAUACUCAGCCCAUGGCCCAAACCCAGGGCUUGGUCCACCCUCAGGCCCUGGCUCACCAGGGUCUCCAGCACCCCUCCAAUCCCUUGCUGCAUGGAGGCCGGAAGAUGCCAGACUCAGAUGCCCCCCCGAAUGUGACCGUGUCUACCUCAACUAUCCCCCUUUCAAUGGCGGCCACCCUGCAGCACAGCCAGCCCCCGGACCUGAGCAGCAUCGUGCACCAGAUCAACCAGUUUUGCCAGACGAGGGCAGGCAUCAGCACUACCUCAGUGUGUGAGGGCCAGAUCGCCAACCCCAGCCCCAUUAGUCGCAGUCUGCUCAUCAAUGCAAGCACUCGGGUAUCAACCCACAGCGUCCCCACACCAAUGCCUUCAUGUGUGGUCAAUCCCAUGGAGCACACCCAUGCGGCUCCAGCCGCAUUGCCUGCCACAGGUCCUGUCAACUUGCCCACAGGCAUCUCUCGAGCCCCCACUGGCUACUCUAGCGACCUCAAGCCAGUUGCCUGGAACCAGCACCAGCUGGCCCACCUACAACAGAUGUGCAGCGAGGCUGGUGGGACACCAGCUCCUGGCCUGACAGGCAAGCAUGCAGCAGGACGUGAGUUGGCAGGGCCUGGCUUUGUGGGUAAGGCCCCUGCCUACCCGCAGGAACUCUGCCUGGCACAGUCGUUCCACCUGAAGCCACCCCUGGAGAAGCCGACCCCAUCCCCACCAGUCAACGGCCUGGCAGCCCCAUUGGCCUACCCCAAUGGUCACUACUUCCAACCCUUAUGGAACAACAUUCUGCCCACUCCCAAUAGCGACAGCUCGGGGUCUCAGGACCUUGCCAUGCCGUUCCACGGUGGGCAGCCCACAGGUGCACCCCUCGACUGUGCGGCAGCUCCUGGGGCCCACUACCGAGCAGGGACUGGGGGCGGUCCAGUGGCAAGCCAGAACACCUUGAUGCAAACGGUGGAUUACCUGAGUGGGGAUUUCCAACAGGCCUGCUUCCGAGAACAGAGCCUGGCCAUGCUGAGCAAGGCCCACCGAGCCCCUGGCAGCCGAGCCCCUGAUCCCACUGAUAGUCGAAGUCUUCAUAUUCAGCACCCGGGGUAUAGAUAGGGAGCCAUGGUGCCCUCCUUAAGCAACACUUCAUACAUCACCCUUCUAGGUUUAGUCUUACUUUAAGUAACUGGAUAGUUUCAAAGUUUCACUGCUCCAAUGUGAUCAUUCUAAGACAUUUAAGGGAGGGAACUUGACAGAAUCCAAUUAGGGGAAGAAGGGGUUCUCUUGUCCUCCCUUUCAGCAACUUUUGUUUUCAUGUUAACAGUGUAUCCCUGAAGACAGGAUUUUAUCAUCUCCACUGCCUGCCUAUUAAGUCUGACUUCACCUUGGCCAUUUCCCACCAACCUCCUUCCAUCUUUUCCUGAACCUCUACCUGUUUCCCUUAGGGCUGAAGUGUGACUAAGGGAAGGGGCCUUAGGCCCUAAGCUAGGCCUCUCCCUUUAGAACUAAUAAGCAAGACUUUGCAAGUGCUCUGGAAGCUCAAUCCUUAUUC